UAGCAUUCAUCGCGGCAGCCUUGCCUGUUUAUGAUUUCAGCCCUCUACAACUACUGCUCCACGAUCUCGUAUCGUGAAGCUUCGGGCAACAACCACGACGAUGGCUGUGUCUCCUCUUGUAAUGCAUCCCCAGGAUGCUCUACAAAACCCGAGGUCCACGUCGUCACCAUUGAAGAAUGCCACUUCAACACAGGCAUCAUCCAAUGGAACUCCUAUUCCUGCGCCAGUCGCUCCCAACCCGGCCGCUGCACUUAUGUCGCCUUCUCUAGAUGUUGCUGAGCAAUUAAACGAGGAGGAGAAGCGCAAAUAUGUCAAGGGCAAGAAGCUCGGUGAAGGUACAUACGCCAACGUCUACCUGGGAUUCCUCAAGAGCGAUCCAUCACAAUAUGUUGCCAUCAAGAAGAUCAAGAUCCAGAGCGAAUACGCAGAAGGAAUGGCCCCCGACGCCGUCCGCGAAAUCAAACACCUCCAAGAACUCUCCCACCCGAAUAUCAUCACCUUGCACUCCGUCUUCUCUUCCAAGGACCAGAAUCUGAACCUUGUCUUGGAGUACCUCCCCCUCGGCGACUUGGAAAUGCUUAUCCGCGACACGGAACGCGUUAGAUACGGUACUGCCGAUAUAAAAGCAUGGAUGGGUAUGCUGACAAGGGCCGUGUGGUUCUGCCAUGAGAACUUCGUACUACACCGAGAUAUCAAGCCAAACAACUUGUUGAUCGCCGCCGAUGGCGAGGUCAAGCUGGCUGAUUUUGGUCUGGCUCGAAGUUUCUCCGACCCGUAUAAGAUCAUGACUUCAAACGUCAUCACGCGAUGGUACAGACCACCUGAGCUGCUGUUUGGAGCGAAGCAUUACUCGGGCGCCGUCGACGUCUGGUCCGUUGGUUUGGUGUUUGCCGAGCUAAUCAUCCGCGUGCCGUAUAUCGCUGGAAACACCGAAUUACACCAGCUCGCUCUCAUCUGCCAGGCCGUUGGUACGCCCACCGAGGACAACUGGCCCGGGGUUACUAGUCUACCCGAAUAUACCAGGGAGGGUGAGGUACACCCGGUCCGAGGUAGAGAUCACUAUAUGUCCACGUUCGGUACGGUCGGCUACGACGGUGUGGAUCUCCUGAUGAAGACCCUAACCCUCGACCCCAAGAAGCGCAUUACUGCCUUCGAGAUGCUGAAACACGAGUGGUGGCAUAAAGACCCCAAGCCCUCGCGCAAACAAGAUCUUCCGAAGAAAAAGUCGGGCGCCCAAGACAAGGUUGGCGAUGACUUGGGGAGGAGACCUGGUAUGGUGAAUGAUGACAAAGCGAGCAAGGUUGCUCGAAAGCUCGAUUUUGGUGCGAUGAAGUAGGGUUCUAUGUGUCAGGCUUUCUAAAAAAGCCCGGUUAGUGUGGAUUUCGACCAAACGACGACCUAUGUAGGGGUAUGAAAAUACGGCAUCACUGAGGCGUACGGAUUUGGGGCAUGAAUGUUAGGCGUUGGUUGGUCAAUGGUAGGAAAGUCAUAUAGGCAAAUGGACGUCGGCAUAAUACAAAAGUUGCUCUUGAUCAAU